AUGUCAUUUAAAAUCCCAACUACACAAAAAGCUAUAAGAAUUCAUGAAACUGGUGGUUUAGAUGUCUUAAAAUAUGAAGAUAUCCCAGUCCCAAAAAUCAAAGAUAAUGAAGUUUUAAUUAAAAACAAAUAUGCAGGUGUUAAUUUCAUUGAACGUUAUUAUAGAAUUGGUCUUUAUCCAACCCAAAAACCUUAUACAUUAGGUAGUGAAGCUGUGGGGACUAUUGUUUUAAAAGGUUCAAAAGUUCAAGGUUUUGAAAUUGGUGAUUAUAUUUCAUAUUUAACAGAAUCAACAUUUGCACAAUAUACAAAUUAUGAUCCAUCUGAAAAGGCAUUUAAAUUACCAAAAAAUUCAACAGAUGAAAAAUUAAAACUUUAUGCUGCUGCCCCGGCUCAAGGUCUUACUGCAUUAGCUUUUAUUAAUGAUGCUUAUAAUGUUCAAAAAGAUGAUUAUAUCCUAGUCACUGCAGCAGCUGGUGGUGUUGGAUUGUUUUUAACUCAAUUAAUUAAAAAUCGUGGUGCUCAUGUUAUUGCAACUGCUUCAUCAAAUGAAAAAUUAAAAUUAGCCAAAGAGAAUGGUGCAGAAUUUUUAAUUAAUUCUCAAACUGAAGAUAUUGUUAAAAAAGUUUUGGAAUUUACCAAUAAUAAAGGUGUUGCUGCAAGUUUUGAUGGUGUUGGACAAGAUACUUUCCAAAUUUCAUUAGAUUCUUUAGCAAGAAAAGGUACACUUAUUUCAUUUGGUAAUUCAUCAGGUGCAGUUGAUCCAGUUCCUUUAACAAAAUUAGUUUCUAAAAAUAUUAAAUUAUUAAGACCAAAUGUUUUUAAUUAUUUUGAAGAACCUAAAGAAUGGGAAUAUUAUUCAAAUGAGUUUAAAAAACUUGUGGAAUCUGGUGAAUUAAAAGUUAGAAUUGAAAAAAUUUAUCCAUUAAGUGAUUAUAAAAUAGCUGCUGAAGAUUUGGAAGGUAGGAAAACUAGUGGUAAAUUAUUAUUAGAGAUUCCACAAUAA